GGACGGCAGCAGUGGCGCCUGGGCUUGCACUGGUCUCCCCGGGAGCUGGGGAGCUGGAGCGACGGGAGCGGAGUCAGGAUGCAGCUCAAAUAAACAAAGAAACCACAGGAUGAUGCUGCAUGCAAGAGACGGCUACAGGUGAAAAGCAAAGUGGAUGUGACACCAAAAGGUCCACGUGUCCGACUGUUUGCUCGUUUUCUCUUAUACCUUGAAUGGCCUCCUGACACAUCUGCUUGAAUCAUCUUCUCUUUGUUCAAGGCCUAUCUCAAAACCUAUUUUUGUUAUGGAGCAAAGGAAAAAGGCCCACAAUGGCUAGUAUCCUUUAGCUAGCCAUGUGGACUCAAGAAGACCAGGAACUGUUUUGGUUUUUUCCCCCCUAUGAAAACAUGCAAGGAGUUGCACCUAAAGUUUUCAGCCCCAGAUGCAACUGAGACUUCAAUCCUGCAACCAUUUACUCAGGAGUUCAUCCUCUGAACUCAGGGAUGAUUUCUGUCUAGGUGGACAGUGGAAGAGGAGACACAGCGAUACCGUGGCAGCUGUGCAAGGAGGACUUCAGCAUCCUUUCUCCAGAGAGGGCCAUCCUGAAGGGGGAUUUAGGUUUGGGGUGACUCAUCCACAAGAACAGCACAGUCUGUAACUUUCCUCAGCUUUUAACAAGGCUGAGGAAACUUGCUGCACACCAUUCUGGGCUCUCCAACUCCAGAAAGAUGUCAACAAAGUGGAAGGCAAGUCUCCUGGCCUGUGAGGGACUCUCCGGGGUUUGUCUUGUGCCAACGGUUGCCAGCAAGAAGAUGAUGCCAAAGCAAAGCUCUAAACAGGUGGAGAACGGAGAGAGAGGGGCUGCACCAGACAUGCUGGGUCAUCGCAAGGAAAAUGAGAAGUCACGCAGCAGGAAAGAAGAGGAAGCAACAGAAGGUUCGCAACCCAAAAAGUCCCUUAAAAAGGUAGUGGUGAUUGAACAGAAUGGAUCCUUCCAGCUCCGGAUCCCCAAGAACUUUAUUUGUGAGCACUGCUAUGGUGCCUUCCGAAGCAGCUACCACCUCAAGAGGCACAUCCUGAUCCAUACGGGUGAGAAGCCAUUUGAGUGCGAUGUAUGUGACAUGCGCUUCAUCCAGAAAUACCACCUGGAGCGCCACAAGCGUGUGCACAGUGGGGAGAAGCCAUACCAGUGUGAGCGCUGCCUGCAGAGCUUCUCCAGGACAGACCGGCUGCUGAGACAUAAGCGAAUGUGCCAAGGUUGCCCCAGCAAAGCAUCCGACUCACAGCUGCUACUUUAGGGGUAGGCCAGGAAGGGGUAUUUAGAAAGAGAUGGGAAGCCAGCAGGAUUCUCUGGGUCCCUUUGUUCAUUGUUUUGGUUUUUGCGCUUGUGUUUGCCCACUUGGCCUACCCCCGUGGCAGGCGUAUAGCUGAGCAGAGCACAGACUUUGAGACAAGGUCUUGACACUGUAAAUAAAUUGAGGAUGAACUGUGGCUGGCUCUCAGCCAGCAGAAGUCUCUUGCGGUUGUGGAUAAACUUUGGGUGCGUGCUUUGUUUUUGUUGAAGACAUCACCAUUUGCCUCCGGAAAGGCUUUGAGAGAAUGGCUGGGCCUCCUUGCUGCAAGUUCUCAUGAUGAAGUUCAGAGCUCUUGAUUGGCGUAUGAUAUGCCUGCUUGCCCAACCUUUGGGCCUAUGAAGAUGGGAGAAGAACAGGCAAAUCAUUUUGUUUUUUUAAAGCGUAAUUAAAAAAGAGAAAAUAAUCAAGCACCAGACUGUUUUACAGAGCCAGCACUCAAACGCAACGGAUAUCAGAGACUGGUUAUCAGCAGAAAAAGGAAUCUUCCAGGUGUCAUGGGAGUCCAUCUCAUCUGAACUUUGAUAUGAGGUCUGCAGGACCUUUCUUAUUUUCUACAGUCUCUGGGUUUGUGGUUAAGUUCCUUUUGUGACCUUUAGGUUUCAAGAAACAAGAUGUGGAAAGUGUGGUCUAUCUGAUAGGAGCCUGUAGAAGUUCACCUUCCAUUUGUUACCACUGCAAGAUCCAAGACAUGAUGCUGAUGAGCUCCGACUGGUUGGAAGAACACAUCUGGCUACUUCCAGUGAAGGAAGGAACUUCUGAUUUUUUUAUCAGAAAUUACUCCUGUCUCCCUUCCCUUCCAGAUAUUCAGACAUGCAGAAUCCAUGUAUGCAAAGUUACUGCUCUUGUCCAAUGUGAAUUCUCUUUUUCCUAGUGAAAUGAGAUGGCUGUAGUCCAGGGUCACAAUCUUAAGGUCUUCCUCUGGUGGUAUGGAGCAAUAAUUUUGGGGGGGGUUGCAUGAAGAAAGAAUUCAGACCUCUAUAUGAACCUAAGAACUAGACAUUUGGGGACCAAGGACCAGCAUGCCCUCGAUUAUUAAAUCAGUUUAUGCUACCUUGAGCCAGACAAAGUCUUAUGUCUGUCUUAGGAAAACCAUGACCCAAGAGAGUGAAAGAUCUUUGAUUACUCUUACCCACUUAGCUGAAACUGAAAAAGAAAUUUCUUUCCAAAAGAAUAUGCAAUUCUGUCCAAAGUUGUUUUCUCUGCAACCAAGAGUAAGACAUCUGUACAGUAAACAUAACUCUCCAAAUACCUGGCAUUCAUAAAGGGGUGUCUCUGUGUGUAGGGAUGGGUGGCCACCUGAUCCUACCCCAUAAUUUGUCCCGUAAGCAGGAUUUCCCCUCUCCUUCCACCCAUCCUGACAUCUUCUUCCCACUCAUCUAGUGCUACAAGCCAGGUUUGGAGACCAGUAUCAGUAGAAGAUUUGCUUUCCCUGGAGUUCAUGUUGCACAGAGAGGAGGAAAGAAAGAAUGCACACACUGUUGCAAGCUUAAGUGUCCCGUCUCCACACCAGUGUGUGCUGGAAAGGUUCUUGCAAAUAGGGGAGGACCUAUUGAUUUUAGGUGAUCUAAAAUCAGUAGUUUUCUCCAAAAGUACAGCCCCCUGGUGUGUACCAGCAACAGGUGCUGCUUUACUGCAGGAGCUGAGCUAAAACACAACACUUACUAACUUGGAGAGAUCAUAUUUUAUUACACCCUUGGUAAUUUCCUCAAAGACUGUCUCCUGGGUGUACUUUGUUUCUUAGACCCUCUUGUACCUGAUUCCUCAUUGGAGCACUAUAUGGGAGAUUUUUUAAAAAAAUACUAAUAAUUAAGCAUUUUUACUUAUCAUGCUUGAUAGCCUAUCAUGUGGCUUCCAAUGACUUUCAGUCCAGGGAGCUGUCCAGCUCCACACCUGCUUAAUGUUGUGGUUUCAGAUGUUCCCAGUUUAUGAGAGGACCCCCUCCCCCAUUUGAAGGAGUUUGAAUACGGUUUGGCCCUCUGGAUAGGUAAAAUGGCAAGUGGAACAGAAGGAACCAUAGGUCCAGUGGUCCUGAUGCAUGGUGAGCAGUAUGCUGAAUUUUAAAACUGUUUCCGACCUUACUGGUUGCUUCUCUGAUCAGGUGUUGAAGCAGAUCCAAGAGAGAACUUUUCAAGUUCUUUUUUUCCUCCUUUGUGUAUAGUAGGACAGCCAGUGUUGUUUCACUCCCCCUCCCCCUUUAAAUAGGUCAAAUGGGGAAAUUACCCCAUUUUAGCUGAAAUUAGUAACAUCGCCUUUUGUUCAGCUUUUCUUUGUACUGAAUGAUUAGGAUGCCUGAUUUUAGUGUAACUGCAGAUUGUAGCCUUUUGCUAUUUUGGUGAGCCACCAAAGGUUAAAGAAAGUGGGCAUACGAGCACAAGUAUUGGCCGAUCCAGUGUGUUUUCUAUGUAUUUGUGGUGUAGAAGGCUGGAGAACCAGCACACUUUAAUCUGUAAACUUAUUUGUUCAGAAGUUUUUCCCCUGUGAAGAACCAUUAUAUACAAAACAGUCUGAAAUGCACUGGUUCAGUAAAUAAUUGUUCUCAUUUACCACCUUGUGCUUUUACCCUUGGCCUUUUCAGAGUUGCUGUUUUGUUGGAUACUGUUUUGGUGGGAUAAGCCAAAAAAAAAAAGAGUCAUGAAGAAAUUGAAGGUCUUUAGAAAAAGUUUUUUGUUUUGGUUUUUUUGAGAGAGAGAGAGCACAACCAUAUGGCUUUCUUGCAACUUUUUGGGACCUCCUUUCCUCAAACAAAAGCAGAGAAUUGUGAGUUAGAAAAUACCUCGUGCCACAGUUCCAGGGGGAAGCAGCAGUGUGUUAAAUUUAGACAGGCUUGCUCAAACAGGAAAAGCCUCUUAAUCAAACACCAGGCAAUGCUGUGCUGCCCUUUUCUGGUUAAUCCUCUGGCAUUGAUCCAUGGGUAAUUGAGACAUAGCAUUACAAAGCCUCUCCAGUGUUGCUGGUCACUUCCCUGUUCAGCUGACUGGAUGUCUAGCUCUCCAGAGUGAACUGCCUGCCUUGUGCUGCCAGGUCACUCGUGUGCCAGACAGGGCAACGACCCGCCAUUGCUUAGAUCCCUUGGAAGCACGUGUGACUUCUGCUGUACAGACCAGAUUUUUGGUGGGACUGCCUGCCCUCCAAACUGCUGCUUGUAGGAAAUGGGGAGGCUGUUAACAUUGUAUGUUCUCCUGUUACCCUUGGCCAAUGUGGCCUUGAUCUAGUUUUCAUUCAGCAGGCCAACAAAAGAGCACUGUUCUUGUUCUGGCUGAUACGUGAUAGAGCGCUGCCUCGGCUCUGUGAUCAGCCCUCUCUGCUCUCUUAGGAGCUUGAAGGCAUGGAAAUAGUUUACACCAAAUGUUGACGCGCACGUGAUUUUUGCAGCUGAGGUUUUUCUCAGAACCUGGCUGGUAUGUAGAAAGGAAGGGAUAAGGGAGAAGGCAAACAGACGGCAUAGCUCAUUGGGUAAGUAGGUAGGACGUCACUUCUUUUCAUCUGGCACCCAUCUUGGCAUGCAGCCAGCUUGCAGUGCCUCUGCUGCUGCAGAUCACCCGUUCCACUUGAUCCCAGUGAAUCAGUGAAUUGUUUGCAAGGCGGGAUGCUCUGUACAUGCACCUCUCAUGUUCAUGUGUUCUGUAAGGAUGCUUUCUAUAAAUGGAGGUUGCAGACCUUUCAGGUGCGUAGGAACAAAAUGCUUUGGGGAAGUACUGAAAAACCAGUCCCCUUUGUUUAAGGGACUUCACUUGGUUUCCAUUUUUUGUUCUGGAGUGGGUAACUAGGGUAAUUAACAGAAUAUCAUGGUAAAGCUUUUUUCUAGGUGGUACUACUGAAAGAAAUGCUGCCCUGCAUGCAGAAAUCUGGCAUGUCAGGAGAAGAGGGUGCAUCCUAAGCUCUCUAAUGUAGUACUGGCAGGAAGCUCAUUCUGAUCUCUCCCAGUUAGUCCCUCUGUGAAGUGCUUUCAUGAGUAAAGUGAUUCAAGCACCUCAACAUUGGUAAUUUAUACAGAAUUUGUUGUCUGGCUGUUGGCAGGUAGUUUGCUCCCAUGUAAAUUAUCAGCACCUAGAAAAAAUGGUUUGUAUCAACAGGAAAUAAUCCAAAAUGAAAUAAUAGGGGCCAUUGUUAAAAGGAUUCUUUUUCUCACAAGAGAAAAUUGACUAGAAACGGAAGUGAAACUUCAUUAGAAUUUCACUGUCACUGGGCCAGGUGCAAAUGGCCAGCAGAGUUUUAAAAUGACUUUUCUUUAUUCAAAUGAUAGCACAGAGAGGCAGUUGUGUUGGAAGAAAGUUGUAAUUUGACAUGAGUUUAGAGAAGUAGGAUUCACAAAUGCUUACAGUCAAAAAAAUGCUAUGUGCUGUAGGUUCAGUCCUAAUUUGAAAUGUUUCUGAUGGUGCUGAUAGGGUUGCUAACUGAAUGGGGAUAGCUUGGCAAUUCCAUGUAGUCGUAGUAUGUAGUAGUAGUGAUAGUACUCGCUUGGAAAUUGGGCUCUGCAUAAACUAUAACCUUUGUUCCCCUAGCAUGGAGUAUGUCCACACAGGCUUGUAACAAACACAGCCUGUGUUAUGCAACAUCUUCCUUUCCUGGGUGCUUUGGAAAAGCCAGUACUUUGCGAGUUGCGUGCUACGUCAUGGGAACUAUGGACCCAGCUUUUUUCCAAUCUCAAGAUGUUCUUUCUAAUGAUGAAGCAUUAAUGUACAUUUGAGGGCAAGGCUUUUAAAGAGUGCAGUGGUCAGCUCUGCCCCUCCACCAUCUUCCUCCUUGGAAGUUGCUGGCCAUGUGUCAGUGGGCAUGGUCUCGAAGGUGUUGGCACUUCCACUCUCUUGCCAGUGGCUGCUGCACAAGAUGACCCUGUGAUUCUUCAUGCAUGUGGCAGGGGAGCCUCAGGGUGCUUUCCUUAUGGGUAGCGAUUUUGCUGGCCUUAGUUUAGUAGUUUGGGUGAAGCAGCAGACAUUAAGACGAUCUGUUCAUGCAGUUCACACUGGCUUUCACACACUCCUUCCAGUCACAGUAAGAGGAAGGAAAAUUCUAGCACUUCAACCUGAACAGAGAAUCUGAAUUUGCCCAUAUUGUUACAGCCUCGUAUCAAAUUCUGACGGCUUAUAUAUAUUUUUUAAAAAUGACCUUCCCUACCCUCCCUUUUAAUUCACUUAAUUUACUAUGGGGGAGGGAGUUGCGAUAGGGAUAUGUUACCCAAGGGCAGGAUCACUUUUAAACUGUAGUUUUUAUAAGAUGUUAUAAACUUGUAUCUUUUUACCA